CACAAUUUAGUUUUUCCACUGCCAGCCAAACAGCAGACAACCGCCGCAACCGACGACAGCUACACCACACCACCACACCACCACCAUGCAGAUCAAGGUGAAGACGCUGACGGGGCGAGAGAUUGAGCUGGACGUGGAGCCAGACGACACCAUGCUCCAAGUGAAGGAGAAGCUGGAAGAGAAGCAAGGCAUUCCCCCAGAGCAACAGCGCCUCAUCUAUGCCGGAAAGCCGUUGAACGACAGCAAAACUCUCAAGGAUUGCAAGAUUGAGAGUGGCUGCACCAUUCACCUCGUCCUCGCCCUGCGCGGUGGCCACCGCUUGUAAGCUCACCAACAAGGGAGGCGCACAACCUUGCCGACAUCGCCCUCCUGCAUCCAUGCCCCCCUUCCUUCUCUGUUCGUUGGACUGGAGUAGGCGCACAUGGCACUCUGCUGUUCCCGCCAUGAAUCCAGUGCUUCGCAUGUGCCCACUAAUCGGUGCUGAUGCACCCUCUUGAUAACGCUUUCUUUCGUCCCAUGUGUGCGUGUGCUUGUGUGCGGGCGCGUGUUUGUGUCGACUGUCGACUGUAGUGCUUCCGUUGUUGCUCGACCGACCGCUCAUGUGUGUGCGUGCGUGUUUGUGCUCGCGCUUGUUUGUUGAGGCCAUUCGAGUGUCUGGCCUGUUCUGCUUCUCUUUGAGCGUGCGUGUGGGCAUUGCUGUCGAGUAAACCAUCCGUAACUGCACA